AGCUCUGGGUCAGCGGGUCAAGUGGCUCCGCCCCGCAAGGAGACCUCAAGUCGACCGUAAGGACCAAAUUCCUGACUGAUUCGUGUCCAUCUUCAAUAUUAGCGCAGUCUGUCGUGACCAUCGCCAGUCAAAAACAUGGCAGCCUCCCUGCAUGUCGCACGUUGUUUCCAGGCGACACUUCACUGGAAUGAAUGGAUUCGACGACUUCCUGGGUCAAUAAGCCAUGGAGGAUGGAUGUCCUGAUGGCUGUGUCAGGAAGGAUCAAAACACAAAUAAAGAACAGUCCUCGUCGAAAAUUGACUUCGAACCUUCCAACUUAGGAACAAAAGAGUAUUUUGUUCUGUUUUCUAUUUGCAGUUGGGAUCAUGCUUAUGAAAGGGAACUUGAGUGGUUUCGUGCAUCAGGAGAGACGAGUGGGGUCUGGUUUGGUGAAGAAAGUAUGGAUCGCAUCCUAAAAUGGAUCGAAAAGCAAAAUAUUCCAAAGGAUGCUGCCCUGCUGGAUGUUGGGACAGGAAAUGGAGUACUUUUAGUUGAGCUAGCAAAAGCUGGAUUUACCAACCUAUCUGGAAUUGACAGUUCAAAAACUGCUGUGGAGCUUGCGAAAGCUGUGGUUGAAAAGGAAGGGUUAUUGUCUUUGAAAAUACAGGUGGCAGACUUUUUGCAUCUAUUCCCUUGUCUUUCCCAUUAUGAAAUAUGCAUCGACAAAGGAACCUUUGAUGCCAUAAGUCUCGGUUUUGACCAUCCAGGUGAAAAACUACGAAGUUAUCGUCAAUCGUUGCUUAAUGUUCUGAAGAAUGGAGGACUGUAUGUUAUAACAUCUUGUAACUGGACUAAACAAGAACUUGUCAAUCAUUUCAAUGAAGGGUUUGAGUUGCUGGAGGAACUGCCAACAUCUCGAUUCCAUUUUGGAGGGACAACUGGAAAUACCGUAACAGUGCUAGUUUUCAAACGGAAAGAAUAGGUUUGGCUGGCAGCAGGUCACAUCCAUCUCCUGGUGUCUUCCCAGAACUGAAAGUACUCAACCUGAUCCCAAUUAGUCCCCUGACAUUUACAUUUAUACGUGGUGCACAGUGAACAUGUGAAAUGAUUGUUUUCCUGCUGAUGUCAUCUUUCUACAAAGUCUGAUGUUGCAACAGAAACAAAACACUAAAAUGCUUGGUGUCAUAUUUUAUGUCAACAAACAGCAUCACCUUUUCUUAGCCCACCAAUGCCUGUUGCAGAGCACAGUAAUGGCCUCUUGUGGUGUAAUACUAUAAAUACAUAAAUCUGUGACCAUGUUAAUCCUGGAGAGGUUGUCAGAAUUGAAUGUGAAGAUUACAGUUCGGCCACUUAUUCAAAGAAGACCAUGACCGUGGUUUUGUCUGGUCUUAUACCAUCUUGUAAAUCCUGUCUGGUCUAUGUUAAAAGACCCACAGAAGUUUGCAUUGAUGGAUGGUGCAUAUCAGAGGGAUUAUAGAAAAUGUGAAAGAUAUACAUUUUUAUUAUGCAAGUUAAGGAUAUAAGCUAAUGUUAUUUGUUUGUGAUGUUUGCCCACUUAAAAUUUUUAAAUUGGCAUGUAAAUAUACCUCGGCAAAGAUGGACUCGAGCAUAAUGUUCAGCAUACUUGGCAAACAUGACUUUUUAAAAUAAAAUUGCGAGAUUAAUGUAUAAAACAUUGAUUUUGUAUUUGGGAAGCCAGAAAUGUAUUUUGAAAGUAGUAAUUUAUAAAAUGAAAAGAUUGGAUUGUAGUUUUGUUUUUUAACAAUGUUUGACUAUUGAGUUACUGUUCUAAUCCACUUAAGUGGCAUGAAAUACUAUACAUAAGAUUAGAUUGUUGUGAUUUAAUUUAAUAUUUGAGAUAUAUGGAAAAGUCCAAUAAAACUAUUCCUUUCGUUCAGUAAGUCUUUUAAGAACAUUUCUUUUGCAGUUUCUUCUAAACUUUGAAAUUGUUUACAUGUUGGAAGAAAUCUUGAAUUGGAAAUUGUCUGGAAUAAAAAUACAGGCUGUAUGAAAUAA